AAUGUCAUUUACAGUACAAUACAGUAAUAAUAAUAAUAAUUAACAAUACGAUGAUUGAGGGUAUAAUUGCAACGACAGUACGACAAUUAAAUCUCGCACUAACUCUGACCAGUGGACAGUCGUUUCGGUGGAAACUAUAUGAUGACCGAUGGCUAGGAGUUAUACAAAACAAAUUUGUGGUUGAAUUGAUACAACUGGACCAUCACAUCAAGUAUAGGAUUAUCAACGACAAUGUCGACGAUCACCACAAUAGACCAAAAGGCAAUCAACACUUUUUUGACCAAUUAAUUAGUGAUUACUUUAGACUUGAUAUCGAUUUAAAUGAUUUGUACUACAAAUGGUCUAAAAGUGAUUCAAAUUUUGCCAAAAUUAGUGAUAAAUUAAUUGGUAUAAGAAUUAUGCGACAGACAAGCGAAGAGACGUUAUUGUCUUUCAUGUGUUCACAGAAUAAUAACAUCUCAAGAAUUGACUCAAUGAUUGGUAAGAUGUGUCAGAAGUUUGGACAACUCUUAUGUCAAUCUAAAGAAUAUCCGGAAAUAUAUUCAAUGCCAUCGAUGACUGUAUUAGCCGACAAAAGUGCCGAAUCAACGAUGAGGUCACUUGGGUUUGGAUACCGAUCAAAGUUUAUUCAUUUGACAGCCAAAUGUAUUUUUAAUGAAAGCAAUGGUUGCCCUAAACAAUGGUUUCAAUCUUUAGAAGAGAUGGCAUACGAAAAGGCUAGACAAGAGUUAAUGCGAAUGCCGGGCAUCGGAGCAAAAGUGGCCGAUUGUAUUGCACUCAUGGGUUUGGGACACUUACAGGCCAUACCUGUCGAUACACAUGUCUAUAAAGUAGCGGUUGAACGAUAUUUACCACAUCUUAAGACAAAUAAAACUUUGAAUCACAAAUCAUAUAAAGAGAUUGUUGAUUUCUUUCUGACCACAUUUGGUCCAAUGGCCGGUUGGGCCCAAUCGGUACUCUUCUGUUCACAUCUCAAACAAUUUCAACACCUAUUGAACUGA